AUCGUCUCUUGAACAUCAUCAGCCACCAUCAUUCAUUCAUUACCUUGACAACCUCUGGCUUUGAUUGACAGCUGGAGUGGCAAAAAGCCAUGAGACACGACAGUUUAGUUACAUGCACGUUGUUGAUGGGUCGAUUGUAACCUUCAGUUUUUUGGUGCUUCACUUUUUUUUUUCUUUUUUUGGGGGGGCGAGGAGGAAAAAAAACAAGAUUUUUUUUUUGCAAAAGUCUUCCCGAUGCCCGUGCUCGGCGUGAACUGUAUUGGAGAAUAGGAGAAUUCACGAAGGGGAAUCUUACCACUAAAUCACUUUCUUGCCGGACUGGGAUAUUAAAUAUACGACACGUCCAGGAGUUUAUUGGAGCGCAGCCUGAUGGCGCAGAGGUACGAUGAACUGGCCCAUUACGGCGGGAUGGACGGGGUGGGAGUUCCGGCGUCCAUGUACGGGGACCCUCAUGCCCCACGGCCGCUGCCCCAAGUGCACCAUCUGAACCACGGGCCGCCGCUGCACGCGAGCCAGCACUACGGCGCCCACGCGCCCCAUCCCAAUGUAAUGCCCACUAGCAUGGGCUCAGCGGUCAACGACGUCUUAAAGAGGGAUAAAGAUCAAAUUUACGGUCACCCUCUGUUCCCUCUGCUCGCGCUGGUCUUUGAGAAGUGCGAGCUGGCCACGUGCACUCCCCGCGAGCCCGGGGUGGCGGGCGGCGACGUCUGCUCCUCCGACUCCUUCAACGAGGACAUCGCAGUGUUUGCCAAACAGGUCCGCGCAGAAAAACCUUUAUUUUCCUCAAAUCCAGAGCUGGACAAUCUGAUGAUACAGGCCAUACAAGUAUUACGGUUUCACCUUUUGGAGUUAGAGAAGGUGCACGAGCUCUGCGACAAUUUCUGCCAUCGGUACAUCAGUUGUUUGAAAGGAAAAAUGCCUAUAGAUUUAGUCAUAGACGAGCGGGACGGCAGCUCGAAAUCGGACCACGAGGAACUCUCGGGAUCUUCCACCAACUUAGCCGAUCAUAACCCAGCUUCUUGGAGAGACCACGAUGACGCCACCUCCACGCAUUCGGCAGGCACACCAGGGCCAAGCAGCGGAGGACACGCCUCCCAGAGCGGAGACAACAGCAGUGAACAAGGAGACGGCUUAGAAAACAGCGUGGCCUCACCUGGCACAGGUGAUGACGACGACCCAGACAAAGACAAAAGGCGGCAGAAAAAACGCGGCAUCUUCCCCAAGGUGGCUACCAACAUCAUGCGAGCGUGGCUCUUCCAGCACCUCACACACCCGUAUCCUUCAGAAGAACAGAAAAAGCAGCUAGCCCAAGACACAGGCCUCACCAUCUUACAAGUAAACAACUGGUUCAUUAAUGCCAGAAGAAGAAUAGUACAGCCCAUGAUUGACCAGUCAAAUCGAGCAGGUUUUCUUCUUGAUCCUUCAGUGAGCCAGGGAGCAGCGUACAGUCCAGAGGGCCAGCCCAUGGGCAGUUUUGUGCUGGACGGCCAGCAGCACAUGGGAAUCCGGCCAGCUGGUCUGCAGGGCAUGCCAGGGGAGUUCGUACCUCAGAGUGGUCCUAUGGGCAUGAGCAUGGCACCGCUACCUUACCCUCCUCCACCUCCUCCUCAGAUGCCACACCUGUCCCAGCUGCGGCACGGACCCCCUCUGCACCCCUACCUUCCUGGCCCCCCGCCACCCCACCCCGCCAUGCUGAUGCACGGAGGACCCCCCCCUCACCCAGGAAUGACCAUGUCUGCACAGAGCCCCCCUCUUCUGACCCCCAUUGACCACAGCACUGGUGGACAAGGCCUGGACAUCCACGCCCAAUAGUGUAAGGGAACCUGACAACAAGAGCAAGAAAACAAGUCCAACUCCCCCUCCAACUAAAGUGAUUUUGAGACUAUUUUUAAGAAAAGAAGGAAAAAAAGAACAAUUUUGACCAGAAUUAGACACUAAAAAAUGGAAUUCCAGAUGAGCUGUGAUAAUUUUUUAUCUUGUCAAUUUUGUUACUUUCAUCGACAGAGGACCAAGCUGACAAGAACACUUUGUAAAGUCUUGGGCUUUUGUUAAAGAUCAACGGAAGAUGUUUCAACUGAACACAUGAAAGUGCAAACUCAAAUAAACACUCACACACUCGUGCACACACUCACACAACACAAGCAGAAACAUACGCGUGCUCUCGUUUGAACCAUUUUAAAGAAAUCGUUAUGGAAGAUGAAAAAAAAAGACAAAAGAGACUCCAAGAGUUAUAACUACUGUAGUAUAAAAGUAUAGACACUAAGUUAAAACUUGUGCAUUUUUGUUGAUCACUCCAUUUCUGUUUUCCUGAGCUAGUCCUAGAAUAAAAGGUUAACCCCCCUCCCACCCCUGCUUUUCACACUGUGUGUGCUGUUCCCUGAGGGAGAGAUGGUCUCGUCGCAGCAAUAAAAAAAGAAAGAAAGAAAGAAAAUAAACAAACAUCUCAGAAAUCUCGGCCCUAACACUAACACUAGAGCGGGCAGCGGACCUGUUCCGGUAAGGACCAGAAGUAGCACUCUGCCAGAGAGGCUGCUGAGUGAAGCCUGCUCUCUCUGUACCAUUCAGUCUCAACCUUUACUUCACACCCCU